AUUUUUGUUUAAAUCUAAAAAAACAAAAAGACGACGACUUUUUGGUCAACCCUUUCAUUGCCUACAAUUGAAGCCCUUCUCGCUUCUCUUUUCAUAAUUAAAAUUCAUCAAGCUCCGUUUCUCCAUCAUCCAUGGAGUUUUUCAACAGCGCCAAAGUUGUUCGCCUCCAAAGCCAUCUGGGCAAGUACCUCCAAGCCGCCGACGACCAAGAUUCCGUCCGUCAGACCCGCAACGGCGCCACCCCUCACGUCCGCUGGACGGUGGACCUCGUCGCCGGGAAACCCCAUGUCAUCCACCUCAAGAGCUGCUUCGGCAAGUACCUCACCGCCUCCGACGACCCAUUCAUUCUGGGAACCGCCGGGAAAAAGGUCGUCCAGACGGAUCUAGCCUCCGCCACGCACGACGGCUCAGUCGAGUGGGAACCGAGGAAAGAUGGGUUUUUCGUGAAGUUGAAGACGAGGGCCGGGAUGUUCCUCCGAGCAAACGGCGGAGCGCCGCCGUGGAGAAACUCCGUCACCCACGAUAUCCCCCGCCGGAAGUCGACCCAGGAGUGGGUGCUUUGGAGUGUGGACGUUGUUGAUAUCACAACGGUUGAUGAUUCUGCGGCCGGCUGUAUCUCGCCGGCGGCAAGCUUUUCUAGCGUUUCGUCAUUAUCGAGUGUUGGCGAUUACGAGUUGGAAACAAGGUCGCCAUCAAUGUCCAUCUCCGGUUCCAGCUCCGGCUACUUCACCGGUAGAGAUCUGAGUGCAAUGGAGCUAUUCCAUAAGGCAAAAGUAGUUCGUUUAAGGAGCCAUCAUGACAAGUACCUUCUAGCAGAAGAAGACGAAGAAAGCGUAUGUCAAGACCGCAAUGGCUCAGUCAAAAACGCAAAAUGGACGGUGGAGUUCGUCGAACACUCCGAAGGCCUCCGCUUCAAGAGCUGCUUUGGCAAAUACCUUACCGCCUCCAACGUCCCUUUUCUUUUGGGCAUGACCGGCAAAAAGGUCCUACAAACACUCCCCCAAAGGCUUGAUUCCUCUGUCGAGUGGGAGCCCGUUCGAGAGGGCUUUCAAGUCAGGCUCAGAACUCGCUACGGUCAGUUCCUAAGGGCCAAUGGCGGCUUGCCUCCCUGGCGCAACUCCAUUACUCACGAUAUUCCUCAUAGAACUGCCACCCAGGAUUGGGUUCUUUGGGAUGUCGAUGUCGUCGAGAUUCGAACUUUUACCUCUAUUGAAUCUCGAUCAGAGGAUCCUAUUCUUCCGCCGCCACCGCCACCGUGGGAGGUCAAAAAAUCCCACCACGUCCAUUUCGCUGAGGAUCAUCAUUCUAGACACAAGCCAAGCGAGUCAUUAGAUCACGAGUCGCCGAUGAAAGCGGAGGGGAGGGUGAUUCAUUACCAUGUCGCAAAUGAGAAAGGGGACGUGAAGAAGGGACAAGAAGAGGUGAGAUUUACAUUCAAAGGGAGUCAAGUAGAAGAGUUGAAGGAGAAAUUGAGAGAAGAGACUGGCCUCCAUGACAUCGUCGUUUGCUCUCGCAACCCUCUCAAUGGAAAACUCUUUCCCCUUCGCCUUCAUCUUCCUCCCAACAACACCGACUUGCAUGUCGUUGUCGUCCCUUCCUCCGAAGAUACGGAGACGCCGGUGAGUCCCUAGAGCACAGAAACCAAAUGACAAUAUGUUCUAGGAAUGUCUAUGGAGCUCCAAAAUUGACCAAAAUUCAGAUAUAUUGAUGUGUUAAACAUUUGAAACAGAAGAGAUAAAGAAAGGGAGGAAGCUAUCUUGGAGGCUGAAAAGUAAAGUUCAUCUCUUUCUGGAAGCCCAGCUCCAAAAUUAUUUGGCUGAUACUCUACCCAUAUGUUCCCGUUAAUUCCAAAUUGAAUAUUUUCAUGUUGAAAUUUUUGUAUCAAUUGUAACAUAUAAAAAUGCCCCUUUGUUCGUAUCAGUUUGUCUUCUUUUUAUUAUGUAUUCUAUUUAACCUAACUAAUAUGACAAAAAUGGGAAUAGUUUGUUUAUUUUUAA